AGAUAAAUUCAAUUAAUGUAAAAAAUGAUGAUUAUUAUACACAUAUAGAUUCUACAUACGUUAUAAAUAUUAUUAAUAUUAAUAUUUAUUAAUUAAUAUUUGUGGCUCACAACACAUGGUAGUCACUCAACACUUCCUAAUACUGCUAUAAAUAAAUGCGCUGGUGCUGCACAUAAGACCAACUUUUGUUUACAGUUGUAAGCCUGUUGAAACCAAACUGACGAGAAGGUUAAACAACUCUCUUAGAAAGUUAAGUUUAAAGAUUUAGAUCGUACUUUUAAAGCCUCUGUUUAUUAGUUCAUAAUUCUAGAGUUUUUAAUACAUUUCAUUAUUGAAUAGUUUAUACGAUGCAGUUUAGCCCCGACACAUUCUCUCUAAAGUACUUUAAGCUGAUGACUCAAAUCAUCAUUAUUUACCUUCUAAAGUCUUUAUCAUGUGUCGUGUGUAAUCAUUAAAACAAUGCAGAAUAUCAAAAUAAAGGUGUGUUAAUUAGAUGUGAUAUGGAAAUGUGAUAUCCAAAUUCCUUCUGAAAGUCACGGCUUCACUGGAAACCACUGGGUGCAAAGCAAGGAUUACUCCAUUCAAACAUAGCCAAUCAUGUCUGUGUAGAUGCAUGGUCGGCCAGUAGCACAGCUGAGAUUCUAGGCUAGAUGUAAUAGACCACUGCGUCACUAGUGUGCCCAGUCUGGAUUAUUUUAGUUAAUCUCAGUUCUUGCAUUGAUGCAUUCUAUAAUUCAUUUGCUUUCCAUUCAGACUAAACUGCAAAAGUAUUAUAGAUAGUUAUUAGCCACUAUGUCAAUGCAGAUUUCUAAAAUUUUUAAAGUCUUAUCCAAUACAUUGGCAACUGCAGAUGAUUUAACCUUUAACAUGUUUGUUUGUUUGUUUAUUAGGAUUUUAACGUCAUGUUUUACACUUUGGUUACAUUCAUGACAGGAACGGUAGUUAUUAAACAAGAUUCAUCAGUAAACAAGGUUAUAUCCAACACAGUCUUGGACAAUUUAGUGUCUCCAAUCCACCUCACUUGCACGUCUUUGGACUGUGGGAGGAAACCCACGCGGACACGGGGAGAACAUGCAAACUCCACACAGAAAGGACAACUCCAACCUAAAUACACAAGUUACAGUAAAUGUCUUUAGUUAAAAAGGCACAUAGAUUGUAGGACUAAUUACCUGUCCAGCUGUGUCCAUUAGUUGGAUCCGUACUGGUGUUCCAUCUACUUGGACUUGUCCUGCAUGGAAAACAUGAGAACUCCAUUAAAAUCAUGUACAAUACAAAACUAUAAAACAUAAGUCACAAAAUCCUAUUAUAUGAAUUUAUGAUUCCUUCCUUCCUACUACAACAAACUUCAGUUAAACUAAGCUGAAAUAUACUGUUUGUUUUAUCUUAAGCAUUACAUUAGCAGAUCUGAGUUUAUAUAUAAGUAUUUGUAUUAUUUUUCACCUUGUUUAACUUGAACUUACAUACAAACAGUGACCACCACACAUUAUCUACAUGUACAAUAUCCAAACACUGUAUUCAAUGUUCGAUUUACACCCAUUUAUACAGCCGUAAAUAAUAAAUAGAAGAAAGUAAAUACACAUAUACAAACCCCCAACUUAAAUCUUUAUAAUACAGAGUGUAUACCAUAUUAAAAAAAAGUCACAGAACAACCUGACAAAGCUUUAAUAGUUGUAAAAUUAAGAUUAAGAAGUUACCCUUCAUAGUUAACUGAUUUAUGGUGAUUUACAGGCAAUUGGGUGGAAUAGACUAGGCUCCACCAAAGGUGUAGUGUGUUCAGAAAUGGUUUUAAAAUGGUGUUCUUGUGAAUCGCCCUAUAAAAACGAAAGUAAUAAUGCAAAUGAAAUAUGUAGGGUCAGCUGAGGUGGACAACAUUCAUCAUAAAGAUAAAAACUGAAAUGUUUUGGACUUUUUGCCAGUAUAUUCACUGGUACCAAAGAGAUCUGAUCUGCAAACAUGUUACAAACUUAAAUCCUGCUUAAUUUUAAGGAACUGGAGAGAUGUCCACAUAUUUAAGGCUUAUAAGGCUUACUUACCGCAGAAGACAUCGAAGGCAGUUUGCUUGUAAUCAGUGGGAUAUCCAUUAUUGGUGUAGCUGACGAUCAUACUGGUUUUGCCCACAGCUCCAUCUCCCACCAGCAUACAGCUGACGAGCGGCUCUAAUGAAUCCUGCUGCUCCAAACACACUGAGGGGACCCGCGGUUCCUGCUGGUACAUAUAAUCCAUUUGGGGUGGCAUGUCCAACACCUGAGCAACACCUGAGCUCUGUAAAACUCCUGAAGAGCACCAAAACUCAAAGUACGAUACAACAAGAGGCUUUAAAGUCGGUGUAACUCCAGCUCAUCCCUCCAUGCAGGACUCAUGGACUCUCACACUGACACACUGAUCUGAUCUGAACUGACUUCACUGCACUGAGCUGCACAGCUGAGGUUCAAAAGGGACCUGAUUUACAUAACCACGCCCACACAGUGAGCUACGUCACUGAGACCUACCUGCCUUCCUACCUGUGGGUAUACAAUAACAAACAGGGGGAAAAAACAAACAGACAUGGGGCGACAAAAAGAACCUUAAUACUGCUUAAGAACUCUUCUCUUUAAAAAUUAAUAAAUUGUAUUAUUUAUAAAUUCCUGCUAUUUUUCUAUAAUAUAUUUUAUUUUUAUUACUUUAUUACCUCGAGCAAGUUUUAGUUAAUUAUAAUCUAAAUUAGCAGAUGCUUGUAUCCAAAGCGACAUACAGUUGUGUGACAGUAUACAGUCUGAGCAAUUGAGGGUUAAGGGCCUUGCUCAAGGGGCCAACAGCAGCUACCUGGCAGUGGUGGAGCUUGAACCAGCGACCUUCUGAUUACUAGUCCAGUACCUUAACCACUAGGCUACGACUUGCCCUAUUUACUAUUAUUAAAUUAUUUUAUGCCGUGUACUAAUACAUCAAACGCAAUAAAUGGUUCAUAAAAAAUUACUCAUAUUUACAAUAUAUAUAACAAACAUGGGGAAGAGAGCUGCAGGCUUCCUUAGUGCAUUUACACAAGGACUUUAAAGAUACAAAUAAAAAUACAAUUUUAUGUUUGUUUUAUGCUUGUUUGUUUUCUCUUGCGGCUAUAUAAUUGCAGUCUGUCUGUCUGUCUGUCUGUCUAUCUAUUUCUAUCUUUCUCCAUGGUGUCUUCUUCAUUCUUAGAACGUGUGUAUCUGCCCUGCGAUGGACUGAUGGUGUUACUGUGUGCCUUGUGCCCACUGGUUAAAACAGUGAGUGAGAAUUCUCUACAGCGACACAAUGGCGACUAUACUUGACGAUUAUGAAGAUUCUCAGACUAUCAGACACCUGCAGAGCCGCCUGCCUGCUGCUAACAUGAUCGGCAUCACUCACUCGGGCUUCGUGAAUGUGAGGCUGGAGGAAGAGAAGCCCAUCUUCAACAAGCAACGCAUCGAUUUCUCUCCACCGGAGAAGAUAAAUCACUUCGCUGUUUGCAACAACCAGUUAUGCAUGAGUCUGGGGAAGGACACUCUGUUAAGGAUUGAUCUCGGGAAGCCAGAUCAGCCGAACCAGAUUGAGUUGGGACGGAAGGACGACAGUAAAGUACAUAAAUUGUUUCUGGAUCCGACAGGGUCUCACUUGGUGAUCAGUCUGACCACAAACGAGUGCGUCUACUUGAAUCGAAACACCCAGAAGGUUCGAAAUCUCUCUCGCUGGAGGGGCCACCUGAUCGAAAGCGUGGCCUGGAACAAGCAAUUCGGCACCGAGACGAACACCGGCCCGAUUCUGGUGGGUACCAGCCAGGGCGUCAUCUUCGAGGCGGAGAUCUCGGCGUCGGAGGGGAGUCUGUUCAACACCAAUCCGGACCAGUACUUCAGGCAGGUUCACUCUCUGGACGAGGACGGCAAGCCCGCGCCCGUGUGCUGCCUGGAGGUGGAGCGCGGGAUCGAAUCCAAGUACUUCGUCGUCGCCACGACUCGGAAGCGGCUCUUCCAGUUCGUGAGCAAGCUCCCCGAGGGUUCGGAGCAGCAGGGCUUCAGCGCCGUGUUCGCUCAGAAUCAGGACCUGUUACCCAGCUUUCAGGAGUUCCCGGUGAACAUGGGCUACAGCGAGAUCGCGUUCUACACGUCCAAGCUGCGCUCCAGCCCCAAAGCGUUCGCGUGGAUGAUGGGCAACGGGGUUCUGUACGGCCAGCUGGAUUGCGUCCGCCCCGACUCUCUUCUGAGCGACCUCCAGGUGUGGGAAUACACGCCGGACGUCGACUUCGCCGAUAACAAGCCCGUUUCCAUCGUGCUCACGCAGUUCCACUUCCUGCUCCUGAUGCCCGAUCGCGUCAAGGCCGUCUGCACGCUGAACGGACAGGUCGUCCACGAGGACGUCUUCCCCGAUAAGUUCGGCGCCCUCAAAAAGAUGAUCAAAGACCCCGUCGGCGGGCUGGUCUGGAUCUACACCGAGAGAGCCGUCUUUCGCUACCACAUCCAGAGGGAAUCCAGAGACGUCUGGCAGAUGUACAUGAACAUGAAGAAGUUCGAGCUGGCCAAGGAAUACUGCAAGGACCGACCCGAGUGCAGGGACACGGUUCUGGCCAAGGAGGCCGAGCACUGGUUCCAGAACAAACGCUACCUGGAGAGCGCAAAGUGCUACGCUCUGACGCAGAACUACUUCGAAGAGAUCGCGCUGAAGUUCAUCGAGGCCAAGCAAGAAGAAGCGCUGAAGGAAUUCCUCACCAAGAAGCUGGAGAACCUGAAAGAAAGCGAGAGGACGCAAAUCACGCUCCUGGUCACCUGGUUAACCGAACUCUACCUGAACCGGCUCGGGCGGCUCGAAGCGGACGACGGGAAGAGGCCGGCGUUUCAGCAAACCCGGGUCGAUUUCCGCUCCUUCCUGUGCAAAGCCAAGUUCAAGGAGUGCUUCUACAACAACCGCAGCACCAUCUACGACCUCCUGGCCAGCCACGGAAACGUAGACGACAUGGUCUACUUCGCCGUCAUAAUGCAGGACUACGAGCGGGUCAUCUCUCACCACUGCCAGCACGACGACUACGCCGCCGCCCUCGAGCUCCUCUCCAAGCACUGCGACGACAAGCUCUUCUACAAGUUCUCGCCCGUCCUCAUGCAGCACAUCCCCAAGAAAGUGGUCGACGCCUGGAUCCAGAUGGGGAAGCGCCUGGACCCCAAGCAGCUCAUCCCGGCGCUGGUGAACUACGGUCAGAUCGGGAACACCGAGCAGAUCAACCAGACCGUGCGCUACAUGGAGUUCUGCGUGUACGAGCUGGCGGUCACGGAAGAGGCCAUCCACAACUACCUGCUGUCACUCUACGCCAAAUAUAAGCCGGACUCUCUGCUGUGGUAUCUCGAGCAGGCGGGUACGCACGCCUCGGAAAUCCAUUACGACCUGAAGUACGCGCUGCGGCUCUGUGCCGAACACGGCUAUCUCCAAGCGUGCGUCUUGGUUUAUAAGAUCAUGGAGCUGUACGAGGAAGCUGUGGAUUUAGCCUUACAGGUCGACGUCGAUCUGGCCAAGUCGUGCGCCGAUCUCCCGGAGGACGACGAGGAGCUGAGGAAGAAGCUCUGGCUGAAGAUCGCCCGCCACGUGGUCCAGGAGGAGAAGGACGUGAAGAAGGCCAUGAACUGCCUGUCCAGCUGUAACCUGCUGAAGAUCGAGGACAUCCUGCCCUUCUUCCCCGACUUCGUCACCAUCGACCACUUCAAGGAGGCCAUCUGCAUCUCGCUGGAGGAGUACAACCAGCACAUCGAGGAGCUGAAGCAGGAGAUGGAGGAGGCCACGGAGAGCGCCAAGCGCAUCCGGGAGGACAUCCAGGAGAUGAGGAACAAAUACGGCGUGGUGGAGUCGCAGGAGAAGUGCGCCACCUGCGACUUCCCCUUACUCAACCGGCCCUUUUACCUCUUCCUGUGCGGACACAUGUUCCACUACGACUGCCUGUUCCAGGAGGUCACGCCUCACCUCUCAGCCUACAAGCAAAGCAAGCUGGACGAGCUUCAGAAGAAGCUCGCCGCCACCACACAGACCGCCAAAACCCGGCACAGACCCAAAGAGGAGGACACGGUCAGCCUGGGGAAGGGCCAGGGAAGCCGAGAGCAGCUCAAAUCCGAUAUCGACGAUAUCGUCGCUUCCGAAUGCGCUUACUGUGGCGAGCUGAUGAUCAAAUGCAUCAAUAAGCCUUUCAUCGAUCCACAGAAGUUCGAGCAGGAAAUGUCCACCUGGCUCUGAAACAAACAAUUUGCUUUGGUUUAUGACCUGAAGGCUGAUUAAAAUGUUCAUUAUUUAUCAAAAACUACGCCCGAAUACUUCGGCAAGUACGACACCAUAAGUAAGGCUGUGAAACGAUCGAUAAUGACACGCGAUCCUGUAAUAUAUCUUCAGAUCCGCCUGUGUGUCGCCCUUUGUUGAGUUUUCAAGCUCAAACCCUUUAUAAUCGUCCAAACUAAACCAGAACGAGGGUGUUUAGUGCUCCAGCUGUUGGUCCGGACGCGAAGAAACCACACAAGUGUCUAAAUAAUAAUAAUGACAGCAUUUUAUCUCAGCUAUUAACUGAAUAGAAGAACAGAACACGUCCUAUACGAGGGAUCUUCAAAAAGUAGAGUAGUAAUCGCGGUAUCAGUGGCUACACGCUCAAUCAAAAACGUUUUUUGCUGACGGCAUUAAAAAGUUGGUACGAUGCUGGAAAAAUGCAUCGGAAGGCGACUGUGUAAAAAAGUGAUGAAGUUUGUUUUUGAAAUUCUUAAUAAAUAGAGUUUAAAAAGUGCGGAAAGUUUUUGAAGAACCCUCAUAUAAUGUGUACUGUGUACAGUACCAUCAAAUUCCAUCAAAAGUGUAUCCAAGCUUGUUCAGAAGCUGUGGUCAGAGCACAGGGUCAGCCUCUGUACGGCCUCCCUGGAGCCGAGAGGGUAAAGGACCUUGCUUAAGGAGGAUAGCCAGCUGCCAGUGUCCCCAUACAGCACAGACAUACUGUAUGACCUGCAUGACUCUGUUUCUUUGACUAUGCGCUGUACGAUUGUAUAAUAUAACACGUACAAUUUAUGAACGAUAGCUUAAAUCUGUCAAAGCUAUUACUGGACGCGAUUACGUGGAUGUUCGUAUGUGACUCUGAAUGAUUGCUGACAGAUGUAUAAAAUCAAUAAUCAAAUAAAUAACAUGCUCUCA